UGUGACACCUCUCCAAAUCAUUAGAUGCAGGUGUUCCAAUGGCCUCCAUGGCCACUGGUGUAUAAAAUCAAGCACCUAGGCAUGCAGACUGCUUCUACAAACAUUUGUGAAAGAAUGGGUCGCUCUCAGGAGCUCAGUGAAUUCAAGCCUGGUACCGUGGUAGGUUGCCACCUGUGCAAUAAGUCUAUCUGUGAAAUAUUUAGUAGAAAGGACAUUUCACAGUCAACUGUUAAUGGUAUUAUAACAAAGUGGAAGCAACUGGGUACAACAGCAACUCAGCCUCCGCCACUGGACUCUAGAGCAGUGGAGAUAUAUUUUAUGGAGUGACUAAUCACGCUUCUCUGGCAAUCUGAUUUAUGUGUCUGGGUUUAGGGGUUGCCAGGAGAACGGUAGUUGCCUGACAGCAUUGAG